AUGUUAAUUUAUAUAUUUUCAGGAGUAAUAGAGUGUUAUGGAUUAUCUGUAGACUGGAUAUCAAACCAUGUUUAUUGGACAGAUUCUGGUAAAAGGACAGUAGAAAUAGCUAAUUAUGAUGGUUCAGGAAGAAGAUUAUUGGUCAGUAGUGGACUAGAAAAACCGAGAGGAAUAGUGGUUGAUCCUAUUUUCAAAUAUGUAUUUUGGGCUGAUCAAGGUACAAGAAAAAUAGAAAGAUCAGCACUAGAUGGUACUGAAAGACGAGUUUUAGUACCUGAUGGUUUACAAUGGACCAAUCAACUAGCAAUAAGCUAUGCUACCAGGAGGUUAUACUGGUCAGAAUCAGGAGUUCAUACCCUACAUUAUGGUCAUAUUACCAGUAGUAACAGAAGAGAACUUACCUAUUUAAGUGGAUCAGAUGUGUUUGGUAUGGCGGUGUUUGAUCAAGUUUUAUUCUACUCUGAUUGGUAUACUAACAGUGUUUAUAUGGUAGAUAUGAUCACUGGAGAUCAGGAAACUAUAGCUUCACAUCUCUCUAGACCUACCAGUAUAGUUAUAUACCAUCCUACAGAUCUCAAAAAAGAUAAUUUAUGUGCUGAAGAUACCUGUAGUGAUGUUUGUGUACCAGUACCUAGAUCUUACCAUUGUACUUGUCAUCCUGGAUCUAAACUAGCAGCUGAUGGGAAAAACUGUAUUUUAAGUGAGUAA